CCUCCAUUUGCCUUUCUCCUCUAUAAACUUAAUCAACUUCUCCUUCUCUUGUUCAAACAAAUAAACAUUGUAUUCAAAUCAAACCUAACUGUUCCCUCUUCAUGGAACCCUCGUUCUCCGAUUGCGACUCCUCCUCUUCCUCCUCCCUCAAACCUAAUCAUAAGAGACGGAGAUUAAGCUAUGAUCAUCAACAACAACCGCCGCCACCACCACAGCAUCAUCAUCAACACCAGCAUGAUCAUGAUAGUCGAAAUCAAAACGCAUCUUCUCAGCCUACCAAGCGAUGGACAACAGACAUCGAGCAACAGAUCUACUCCUCUAAGCUUCUCCGAGCUAUCCGCCAUGUUCGUCGCUCUAACACCGGACGAAGCCGAGAAAUCCGCCAAACUGCUGACCGACUCUUGGCCGUCUCUGCCAAGGGGACAACGCGGUGGAGCCGAGCGAUUCUGGCCACUCCGCUUAGUUUCAGACUUAAAAAGCGACACGUUAAAGUCAAAACCAGCUAUAGCCACUUGAAACGGAAGGCGGAGUUGAAGAAAGAAAAGAGCAUGAACAGCAAGUUACCGGUUGUUGAGAAAAAAUUGCGUGUUCUAGGCGGGUUGAUUCCCGGUUGCCGUAAGAUAUCGCGCUUGAAUCUUCUAGAAGAAACGAUUCAGUAUAUAGCGGCUCUGGAGAUGCAAGUACGAGCGAUGACGGCUCUCACCGAGAUUCUGGCCGGUGCUCCACCAGUGGAGAAUCGGAUCGGCUCAGACAUGAGCUCGUAAAAGAAUUGCCAUGGCUUGGUUUGCCAGGUUGCAUAAAUUUUUUCUUUUAUAAACUUUGUUUUUUUAAUUUUUAUGAGAAAUUUUAAAUUGGUGUACUGUAUUUUAUUGUAUUAUAAACGACAUGACCUUUUCUUUUUUUAGAGCUCCAAUUUGGAAAUGUAGUUGGUUGAAUCAACUUGGUGGUGUAAAGUCUAAAGCAGCACAUGAUAUGCUAAACUUUUAGGUGCGUGUAAUAAUUGUUUUAGAUUAUUGACAUCAUUCA